UAUUCAUUUAACCUACUUUAAGUCCAUGUAGUUUUGAAUUGAUUAGUAUCCUGGAAUACAUUUUUAAUAACUUUAAUUUAAAGUUCAGAAUGAUGAAACUCAAAAACUUGAAAAAGGUCAAUAUAAAAGUUAGAAUUAGGAUCAUUUUGUUACUAUAAAAACGUUUUUUUCCAUCUUAAUUACCUCUAUCCAGUUUUAAAGAAUGAUUUUUUGAAUGUAUGUCCAAGGCCAUUGAAGCAGACCCAGUUGCACACAUGCGUAUGUAAAUUUGGUGGCGCACACAUGGCGCACAAAGCCAAAGAUAGAGUAACAAAUCAGGAAUUUCCCUCCUGCCACUCCUGAGAGCGCACCAGAGGACACAAGUUACGCGUAAGGCGCUUCUCAUCGGGAGAGGAGACGAACUGCAGGCAGCUAGUUCACAGAUUUUAACUUUCUUUUGGUCCAGAUUAUCAUCAUCAGUUCACACGUUUCCGGAUAUUUCUUCCUUUCGGGACAUUACAGUGUCUGGAAAAGUGUGAUUUCUGUGCCUUUACGCGUCUGGAUCCAUCCGCUGUGCGCGCUGGCUGCUUUUAUAAACUUUGGUGGAUUACUUUACGCGCUGCAGGAAUGAAGAAGGAAGAUUUUCCACUUUUGCUUUCGUGACUUUUCUUUUUGUGUUUUUUCCCCCGUGUUUCCAGACUCUGAGCUGCUGAGUUUCUCGAUGGCGUAGGGGUCUCGCUCGAUACUUUUCCUGAAACACCUCGAGGAAAAAGAAAAACGGAUUUCUCGUUCCCAACAUCUGGAUCAUGUGCGUGGACGUGUUUGAAAUACAGUGAAACAAACUCCACCACCAUCUCGAGUUUAUUUUGGAGGAGUAACGACGGCGUCUAGAAGGAUGCUGCUGCUGCGUGUACAAUGGAAGUGAAGAAGUGUUUUGCUGCUGUGGUUGCGCUGGUUUGUCUCUUCUCUUGCUCCAGUUUCAGCCAAGAGCUCAACCCCAAAGGCAGGAAUGUUUGCAAAGCACCGGGGUCGUCAGGGGUGGCGUGCUGCAGUGGAUGGGCGCAGCUGGCGGAUGAGUGCCUGACACCGCUCUGUGAAGGAAACUUCACCUGCAAGGAGAACGAGGUGUGUGUCCGGCCCAAUGAAUGCCGCUGCCGUCACGGAUACUUCGGAGCUAGCUGUGACACGAAGUGCCCUACCCAGUUCUGGGGCCCUGACUGCAAGGGGAAAUGCAACUGCUUCCCCAAUGGCCAGUGCGAUGACUUGACCGGCGCUUGUACCUGCAACCACAACCGCUGGGGACCAAACUGCGAGAACGCGUGCAUGUGCCAAAAGGGCAAAUGUGAUCAAGACACGGGCAAGUGCACGUGCCACCCCGGCGUCUGGGGCCCGCAGUGCAACAACAACUGCUACUGCAGCAUCAACUCCAUCUGUGACGCCAUGACAGGCCGCUGCCAGUGCAGCCCGGGCUGGACGGGGAGGAACUGCGCGAGCCAGUGUAACUGUAACAAUUCACCAUGUGACCAGUUCACGGGACGCUGCCAGUGCCGGGAGAGGCUGUGGGGCCCGCGGUGUGAGCGGUACUGCCAGUGCAUCCACGGCAAAUGCAACCAGGCCGACGGCUCGUGUACCUGCACGCCAGGAUACCGUGGGAAGUUCUGCAGGGAGCCGUGUCCCGCUGGAUUCUACGGUCAAAACUGCAGGAACAGGUGCGGGCACUGCAAGGGCCAGCAGCCGUGCAAGGUGACGGAGGGCCGCUGCGUCACCUGCGACCGAGGCUGGAACGGGACGCGGUGCGACCAGCUCUGCUCCAAGGGCUUCUUCGGUGAGAGCUGCCAGGAGGUGUGUCCCACCUGCAGGGACGGACACCACUGCGACCCCAUUCUUGGCAAGUGCUCGCACUGCAACCCCGGCUGGAUUGGGGACCGGUGCGAGGUGCGCUGCCCCAACGGCACAUAUGGCGAGAACUGCGAGAACAACUGCAGCCACUGUUUUAACGGCAUCUGUCAUGUUGUCACCGGAGAGUGCCUGUGUGACCCGGGGUUUUAUGGCACCUACUGCAAUAUGACCUGUCAACCUGGCCAGUACGGAGUGAACUGCAACCAGACCUGCUCCUGCCACAACAAGGACUGUGAUCCUGUGUCUGGAGCCUGCUACCUACAGCCCAACCAGCGGAUGGGUGUGAUUGCGGCUGGAACCCUGGUCUCCUUCUUGCUGAUUGUCCUGCUCUCGCUGCUGUGCUGCUGCUGCCUGUGUCGACACAAAGACGACCACAACAAAAAAGCCAAGCGGAUCCUGUGUGGACGAUUCAGCCGAAUCAGCACUAAACUCCCCCGUAUUCCACUGAGGCGACAGAAACUGCCCAAAGUAGUCGUAGCCCACCAUGACCAGGAGAACACCUUCAACUGCAGCUUCAUCGAGCCCCCCUCAGUGGUCGAGGAGCCCUCCCCCUCGUCCUGGUCAUCCCAGGAGUCCUUCUCUUCCUUUGAGAGCAGAGACGAGGGGCCGGUCUACUCUGUGCCCCACGAAGAGUCGGUGACUGAAAGCAAAGAGAAGUGCAGCCCCAGCCCAGAUGCUGUCCCUAAUGAUGAGGAUGCCGGGGAGUACACCUCCCUUAAAGACACCAGUGUCACCAAAGCAGAAGGCAGCGAGCUGCCCCUGAUCAAGUCUUCUGACAGUGAGGGGUCCACCAGCGGUUCGGAGUCCACUACUGCGGCUCUCUACGCCCGCAUCGCCCGCCUCUCCAAGUCCAAAGAGGAUGAUGGUAGCGGCAGGGAUGGGGAAGGCGCUCCUACACCGGACUCCAAGCGCAACGGAAAACCACCACCUUCACCUGGCAAGCCCAAACCGCGCCCUCCGGAUCCGUCGACUAAGCCCAAGGUAUCGUGGAUACACAGUAAUGCCACAGGGACUCCCCAGCCAGAGCAGCAGGGCCAGGGGGGGAUCAAGGUGCUGACAGUGCCAAAGGAGAAAAAGAGGAGCUCGAGUGAUGGCUCAGCCAAGAGUGAGGAGCAUCAGAAGAUGAAGGAGAGAAACCGUGAGCAGCAGAAGAAACAGGAGGAGAAGGAGGCAGACGCCAAUGGUUCGCCGAGUAAACACAAACCUCUGCGAGGUAAGAAGUCAGGGGACGAGCAGAGCAGUCCCAGUCACAUGGAGCACAUUAACGGUGUCGUUCAGAAUGCCCUGAAGAAGAUCAGUAGCUUCCAUAGCUCAACGUCUGAGAAGAAGAGCCCUGACAGUCCAAAGGAGACCCCCAAGGAGCCACCCAAGAGCCCGAAGGUCAUCCAUCCUCAUAUGAACUCGGAGGCUGCAACACUGCUGGCUGCUCAGCUCAAGGAGAAAACCCAAAGCAUCAACAGGAAUGAGGGGACAGGCCUGACGAAAACCAACGGCCUCUCCACACCCAAGGGAAACCGAGAGAAGCCCACACCUCCACAGAAAGCCAAGAGGAACCCCUCCGGUGGAUUGUGCCAGCAGGGAUCCAACAAGCCCCUGCUGCCCACCUCAAACAGCCUCCAGAAGAUGGUGGCGCCCGUCUCCACCGACUUCGGGACCCCUGAAGCCAAGAGCCCGGAGAAGCAGGACUUGAACGGCUCAAGGUCAGGGGACCCAGCGCUGGAUCCUACACCAAAGAAAACUCCAAUAAAAAAGCCACCCAGGAAGAAAGGCAAGGAAGGUACUUUGGAUACACCUGAAAGUAAAACCCCCCAGCAAAAGACCGCCAUCAUGCCACCACAGGUAGUGAAAUAAGUGUUUUUUUUAAAGACAAAUGGCACAAAGUUUGUGAUGGAUUUUUCGAAGGAGAACUCAAAUGGAUUUGUCGGGAGGAGAACCGCGUCGUUUUUCAAUCGAGGAAUAAACGUUUCCAUGUGUGAGUGUGCUGUGACUUCAGGACCAGUCAAGAGUGAGAAAUGCUUUUAAAUCCAGGGCAUAUUGGUGAGUUGUAUUAUAAUGACCUCUAUACACCCUUUGUAUUACAUUUCAAGACUUUUUUUUUUUGUGUAACAACUGUGUAUCUCACAAAGCAGCCUGUGGCUUGGCCGGAAAGAGACGUAAAUCCAUAGGUCAUUCAUCUCUGCAGUAUGUCCACCACUAUAUUUAUACAUGGAUUGCUUCUGAGGCUGCAUAAUUGUCAUAUGUCAUGGAGGUGUCAGAAAAACCAGCUAUUUUUUAUGUACGUUCUCCACAGGUACUAAAGGUACUAAAAAUAACGAGAAAAUUUGGAUCCUCUAAGGAUUGCAAGCUAUUGUUUGUUUUUCAUGAUUUUGUCAUUAGAAUGGACCAACCCGGCAAACACAGCUAGAUAGAAGUUAUAGUCCUCAUUUUCACGUCAAGGCUAUUCUUUGCAGAUGACACUCUACUUAGCUUUGUGGUUUAGCAGAUACAUUUUCCUCGUUGCUAUCUGGUUUCUUUCGUAAAUGAAGUAAAUUUGAACCCCAAAAACUUGUUACAUGUUAUGCUAUAUUCAAUAUUGCUCUCAAGGCUCUUCUCUUCAGAAAUGAAGUAUCUUGGGAUGAUUUCAAAGGAGUGUCUCUCUUGUGUUCAACCCUGACACGACUGGUAUUUUGAAGCCCAAACAAGCGUUUUGAUCUUUCUGCAAAGAAGGGGCUUUUUGAAACCUCUUUCAUACUUAUGCUAACACCAAAUCACCAGAAUGUGCUCUUACUGUAAGUUUUACUCAGUCAGCUAAACCACUAAACCAAAAAUGAAACCCGAGCUGCCCUAUGCCCCUUGCUUUAUGUCAUGCUUAUAAAUCACUCGGUUUAUAACAUCUGCAGUUUCCCUUCGCUGGAUUUUAGAAAACCCACACACAAUAGAUUGUUUUGUUUAAGUUGGAAGUGUCCUCUACAGGUCAGGAGGCUCCUGUCAUCUUUAUUCGCUCUUUCAGUCGAGAACUCGGUCAGUAUCACAGUUGGAGCUACUUCUUUUCUCACAUGAAUCUGUUUAUGCCAUCGGGGCAUUGAGUAUAAACAAUAAAACUUGAUGUUUGUCCCUUAAGGAUCGUAUUAUUUGAAGCUAGAAGAGCUGUGCUGAAAUUAACACGGUGCUUUCAUUUGAUUGUUCAUAGGGUAAGACUAUAAGACCACAUGGUACUGUGCCUUGAGUGUUAAAAUGUGGCUCAACUGAGGAUCAGUCCAAGAGAUGUCAGCCGAACGUGUGCCAACUUUUAUUUCGAGUGUUUAUCCCAGAAUAAGUCGAACAAACAAGGCGGUUGGGUGGAACGUUUAAACUGGACUCGUUCAAGAGGACAAUGCUUCUUUUUUCAGUUACUGGUGGACAGCUAUUUAAAAAGUAGCACUUAAAACACGAGCUAUGAGCAGUGGGUGAAGACAGUAUGUGUUGGUAUGUGUUGGGCUGAGGAAUAUUUUACAUUCGCAGCGUAUUUGAAAAAAUGUCUUUGGUUUUAUGUGUUUUUAUCAAGGUACAACACAUUUCUUUGGUUAUUUUUUCAACGUUUUCUACUUGUAUACAUUGUGUACUUUUUUAUUAUCCUUGUAAGCUGUGCUUAUAUGAACUUCUCUUUUUUUUGUUCUUCUGUUUUCCUUGGUGUCGAUGAACUGGCUUUCAUGCUUCAUUUGCUUUUCAUUCCUAUGUCACUUAUUUUUGGCUCUGAAUCAAACCUACAUUAUCAGUACUUCCCUCCUGUAAAGUUUACAUUGGCUUUGUAAUUGUUCUCUGUUGAUGUUAUUGUUUGUUUAACACUUAACUGCAUGACGCAGAGUGUAAUUAUAUGGCAUUAAUAGCUGCACAGGAAAUCUGUAAUCUUCUUGUCCUGUUUCUUGUUUCAGUCGUUAUUAUUGCCUCACAUAAAAAAAAACAUACAGAAAGGAUUGUACAAUACUACUAUGAUACCACUGUUGAAACAAUUGCAUAUGGUUAAAACCCUUAAACAUUGUGUAAAAAUGAAGUAAGUGGCAAUUUGUUAAUCUGACUGGCCCGUGCCUGUUUAAUAGGCUUACAGUGCAUUUUUUUUAAAGAUGGGCCUGAAAAGCUGCAAACUCGUUACCAACUGUAAGAUAUAUUUUAUCUUUUGUGGAUUUGUUUUUUUUUUAGCAUCUUUGAUUUCCAUUUGUGUAUGGUCAUUAAAUUCAUGGUGUUUCCUCA